CUCUUUCCAUUCCCAUGCGUUUGUUUACUCGCACUCAUCAUCAUCAUCUGCCUCGAAUGCCGAGACACGACCGACUGCCGCUGCAGCUGUUUGGCUUGCUGCUAAUCUGCGCUGCCAUGUUUGUGGCGAGCAUUGCUGAAGCCAGCAGCAGCAGCAGCAGCACCAUCCCUCGCCUGCAUUGCCGCGGCGUGGGCAACUCGGACGUUGGCUUUUGGCUUGUGUUCCGCAACGACGGCGGCUCGUCGUUCUACUACAUGGACUCGAACCGUGUGGGCUCCGAGCGCGGCCUGGUGCUGCCCCCUCAGCUGCUCGUGCACGCGCAGUCGCCGCUCGUCCUCACGCUGCAGAACAUUAUUGACGCGCGCAGCAAUGCUUCCCGCUCGACCAGCCACGUCGUCUUUGCCAACGAGCAUGACAUGCACUCUGCGCGCAACUUUGACCCGAGCUCGGACGUGUUUGAGUCGCACGCACCGCCGCUCGACCGGGUUGGCGCUGACAUUGGCUCAAGCCCCCGCACGUCCAAGCCCUUCCUGAGCGGCCUUCUCGCUGUUGAACACCACCCCCAGGAAAUGGAAACCGCGGCGGAGGACGCCAACGGAUUUCUGCUGACAACAACCAUUCCACGCCUUGUUCCCAUCGACCCUCGCACAAGCACGCUGCCUCGCAGUGUCCCCAACUCGGUGUGGUUUGACGUCCAAGACACGGCUCAAGGCGCAAUCCUGUGCCUCUCGCUGAACGCGUCAGCAGGUGUCCAAGCCAUUGUUGACGCACUGUUGACCACCAAUCCGUUCGUGUCUGCGCUUGAGCUCUCAGAGGGCGUGCCGGCGGCAAUGCAAGCGUUUGCGCGUCCCAACUGGCUGCCGCCCUCCACAGCUGCAGGCAGCGUCCAUCUGCGUGGUGCUGCCGACUCGUUCGCACGUUGUCUCGCUGCAUCUGGCACGUUUGCUGAGCUUGCUGCCAACUGUUUGCGCACUGUUGAGGUGCCUGGCGUGUUUGGCGUGCGCGACACCGGCUCGUCCCCACGCUUUGCUCGCGGCUGGUGGUUGCUCGCCAAGAACCGAGGCUUCCCGCAAGGGCUGAUGUGGGCGCCAGCAUGGAGCCGCACCUCCCUGUCGCCUUCAAUUGAGCCGACAUUGCUCAGUCGGUGGCAAACCGGCGGCGCUGUCACGGCGUUGAUUGGCAUCCUCGGUGGCACUGAGGCAGAGCUUGUCUGCAUUGGCGACCUGUUCUUUGUGAAUGACACGGCCUUGAGCGGAAGUGCGCUGUGCACCUCCAUGCUGUCUGCACACUCCAUCUCUCUGAACGAGCUUGUGGUUGCCGAAAUGGUCCCCGCCACGCUGGUUGGAAACGCUGAUUCUGAUUCCAGUUUUCAAACAAGACGCGGCCGCCCCGUUACACGCAGUCAAGCAGGCAGUGCAUCAAGCUCAAAACUCGUCACCGAAAAUCACAAAAUCCUGCACAAACGCCCCGAGCACCUUCAACAACGCAAAUUCCAUGAUUUGGUGUCCAACCAGCUGAGCGAACCGGGAGUGCGAACCAGAGCCAGACAGUACUGGAAACCGUACAUUCCCCCGCAAACCAACGGCGUGCCUGUGUCCGAGCCGCAAUCCGUCUUUAGCUGUGGUUUGCUGUGGAGCAAUUCUGCAAACAAGGACGUCUGGAAAACGGCUACUGUGACCUUUCCCACGUUGCCGAACGACUUAUCCCCCUGCGCUCAUCUUGAAGUGUGGUUGGACCGUUUCCAGUCGUCGUCCAACGAGCUCGUGGAAACGACGGUUUUCCGCCCAACGAAAUCCGGCAACAACCAGUGGAGCUACAACAAGUGGGAAGAAUUCACGCGUCCAGCCGACCUCAGCAGCAAUGAUGGCGCCACUCCGAUGGACUUGGACGACCUCGGCAAGAGUGAUGACGCGAUUCCAAUGGACGUGGACCCUCGCCCGAGUGAUGCCCACUACUCAAUGGAUUCGAAAGUAGGGCAAUUGAAGAUUGACGUGCCAAACGAAGACCCGGUGCUGAGUACCAGUCUAUUCGCGGCUGAUGUCAAGUUUGUCUGGAAUUCUUCUCCAGCUCCCGAGUGCCGUGAGCCUGAACAGAGGCUCUUUCCUGGUGCUCGGCACAACGAGGUGUUUGAAAACUGGGAGAGUUCCAUGUGGCGUACCUUGUUCUCGCGUGGCCGACUCCCAUCGUUGCGUCAGCGUCGCUUCGACCCUGAGGAUAAUGGCGACGAGUAUUGUUUCAUUGGACCAUGUUUAUUUGAUUUGUACAACGCAAACGGCGAACGUGUUGGGCCAGUUGGUUCGAACCACGACGAGGCCUUGAAGUUUGCGCUGCGUGGCACCAAAGGGUCGAUGAUCAUGCUCAAUGCCACCAGCCACGCGCUUGAAUGGUGCAUGAACGCCCUUGACGCGCUGACAUUCAUUCUGGCCAAGGAAUCAGGCGCGGUCGUCGAGAAUGUCGUCGAAGAAACUGAAGAUGAAGACCCUGACGAGAAUGAAGGCAUGGCAUUGAGCGAAGACGCCUCUAGCCACGAUAGAAAAUCCUUGAAUUCCGCGGUUAACGAUUGCCAGCAUCAUCUCGCUGGCGGGAUAGAGUCGCCUUUUCUUCUGUCUUUCACUACGACGUUAUAUCCCGGCUUGAAAAAGAUCUGCGCCGAGUUGGCACCCGGCCAGUUGUACAUUGUCCACGCAAAACACAACAAAAAAAGGGCUCAGGUUGCCACAUUCACUGCACAACCAACCCAUGCUCCUGCCACGCCACGGUUUUUCUACCUUUCGUAUUUUGAUCCGACUGCAAAAAUACCGCGAGUCGUGGCAUAUUCUGUUACAGUUCCGCAGUCGUAUUCAGUCCACUCGCGUCUUGAUACCGAAUUUAUGUACAAUUUGGAGCUCUGUUCACCGGCUCCAACCCCUGGUGUGGGAAUAGUGCCAACGCGCAAGAUGUGUCGCAGUUUUCCGAGCUUGGCUGCUAAGAACUACAAAGGGGUUGGUAAAUCCUGGAACAGAGGCCAUCUGUUCCCAAGCCAUAUCGCUUCAAUUGUGGACCCCACGCAGUAUACUCCCCAAAACAUGUCAUACGCGGCUGCGUUUUCCACUUUUGCGUACAUCAACGUUGUCCCCAUGGCCGCAAGGUUCAAUCAACUAUACUGGGGUCCCGCAGAAACGGCUUUCGUCGAGGUUGUUCUCGCCAAGGGCAUUGGCAAGCAAGCCUUUUUUCUGACUGGCGCGCUUGGCACACCCUCCCAGAAUCGGUUGAAGUUGAACGAAUUUGCUCCGAAUGGCCCGUUUUUUACCGCCAUGUGCAUUCCAGGGGUUGGAAGUAGCGCCGCAUAUGCUCACUUCAACAGUGAUAAACUUGUACUCGCCCGUUCCGAUCCUCGGUACUCGGCAGUCGAGUUCAUGAGUUUGGGAAAACUCGUGACUUUGCUAAAACAACACCAAUUGCUAAACCUGAAACCAGCCGACUUGUUUGGACCAAAUGCCAACUGCAACACCGAUCUCACAUCCGAGCUGAUAGCUGCGUUCGCCCCAGCCAAGAAAAACAACAAUGGACAAUCUGUCACCUUCAAUCCUGAUUCGCAUCGUCGAGAAACCCAACUCUUGGGAAAUCGAGAUCCUGGAGAUCGUUGCACUCUUGAUAGCGAGUGCAAGAUUCCGAUGGAAUGCAUCAGUAACAAAUGCACAUGUGUUGCCUGCAAGAACAUCCAACCGAUUUCCUUGACGGGCGCUACUCAGCAGGAGAUUGAUGACAUUGCGAGAAUCAUGUGUGAGGGUCCAGCUGCUCCACCUCGCAAGAAAAAAAUGGACGACACGCUAUGGCAACAAUAUUUCGGAUCACUACAACGUGCGAGCUGUACUUGCAAAUGGAAUGCGGCGAACAAAGUUUGUCGGUAAGUCCGUUUUGGCCACGCUGGCAAAUGGACAACUUGCUCGUCGAGCUGCGAUCUCCAGUUUUUUGUGCACCUGUUUUGCCCUUCAUCUCAAUAAAGCGACCUCACAACGCGA